AUGGGGCCGGUGCUGCUGUGCGCGCUGCUGCUGCUGGGGCUGAGCCGGGCCGCCCCCCCGGGCCACGAGGUGACCUUCCUGCCGGGGCUGACCAAGCAGCCCUCCUUCCGGCACUUCUCGGGCUACCUCUGCGCCGGGCCGGGCAAGCACCUGCACUACUGGUUUGUGGAGGCCCAGAGCAACCCCCAGAGCAGCCCCCUGGUGCUGUGGCUGAAUGGGGGCCCUGGGUGUAGCUCCAUGGAGGGAUUCCUGAAAGAGCACGGCCCCUUCCAGAUCCAGCCCGACGGAGCCACGCUGAAGUAUAACGACUAUGCCUGGAACAAGAUUGCCAAUGUGCUCUACCUGGAGUCCCCCGCUGGCGUCGGCUUCUCAUACUCCGAGGACAAGAAGUAUGUCACGAACGACACUGAGGUUGCUCACAACAACUACCUGGCGCUGAAGGAUUUCCUCCGGCUCUUCCCUGAGUACUCCAAGAAUGAUCUCUUCCUCACAGGGGAGAGCUACGGGGGGGUCUAUAUCCCCACGCUGGCAGAGUGGGUGAUGCAGGACCCCAGUCUCAACCUAAAGGGAAUCGCUGUGGGAAAUGGCCUCUCCUCCUACGAGAUCAAUGACAACUCCCUGGUUUACUUUGCCUAUUACCACGGCCUGCUGGGGACUGAGCUGUGGAGGGAUUUGCAGGCCUUCUGCUGCUCCCAAGGGAAGUGCAACUUCCACGACAACUCCAACCUGAACUGCACGCUCAAGAUGGAGGAGAUGAUUCAGAUUGUAGAGGAAUCCGGCCUCAACAUCUACAACCUUUACGCCCCAUGUGAUGGCGGUGUCCCUGGGAGCAUGAGGUACGAGGGUGACUAUCUCAUCACACAUGACCUGGGCAACUCCUUCAUCCGGAUGCCGAUGAAGUUCUCCUGGCGGCAGAACCUGUUCCGGAUGCCGGUAGCCCGGAAAAAGGUCCGGAUGGACCCUCCCUGCACGAAUUCCACGGCCCUCAGUACGUAUCUAAACUCCCCAGAGGUGAAGAAGGCUAUUCACAUCUCCCCCGAUGCCCCGGAGUGGCAGGUGUGCAGCUUUGAGGUGAACCGCAGCUACAAGCGCCUGUACAUGCAGAUGAACGAUCAGUACCUGAAGCUGCUCGGAGCCACGAAAUACCGGAUCCUGGUGUACAACGGGGACGUCGACAUGGCCUGCAACUUCCUCGGGGACGAGUGGUUUGUGGACUCCCUGUGCCAGAAGGUGCAGGUGGCUCGUCGGCCCUGGCUCUACACUGAUCGGGGUGAGAACCAGAUCGGAGGUUUCGUGAAGGAAUUCACCAACAUCGCCUUCCUCACUGUCAAGGGAGCCGGCCACAUGGUGCCCACGGACCGGCCGCUCGCUGCCUUCACCAUGUUCAGCCGCUUCAUUAAGAAUGAGCCUUACUAGAAGCUGGGGAGGGAGCGCCUGAUGCCCCGGCCGCCCUCACCACCCGGCACCACCCGGACAGCCCGUCCUCGCUGCUGCUCAGCUGUGCCCGGGCUCCCUGCGCCAUGAAACGGGUCACUCCUGCAGCUGGUGGGGCUCCUCCCU